AAUGACCAAUGAGUUUUAGCAUGACCAAUCUUUGUCCAAUUCUCCAAUUGAUGAUGAUAAGCCAAAUCUUACAUUAUUUAUAUGGGAAGUUUCCUCAUUAUGAUCAUUAUCACUCCAUUCUAAAUAGUAAACUUAAUAGCAAGAAAGAUGAGCAAAGGCAUACACUAUUACUUUCUCUUACUAUCCCUCUAUUUUUGCUUUCUUUCAAACAUACUCACCCCAAGUAAUGCCAAUGAUCAAGUAACAAAUUUGUAUAAAUUGCUCAAGUCUAAGAGGUUAAAAAGCCCCUCUCUUGCUGCUUCUUGGGUCACAUUGCCAACCCAAAUAACGGAAACUCAAGUUCAUGUUGAACCUCAAGAUGGUCUUAUGGAGGCCGACAAGAUCACCACCUUGCCCGGCCAGCCAAAUGGGGUUGAUUUCGAUCAAUAUGCCGGUUAUGUAGCUGUUGAUCCCGCUCAUGAGAAGGCAUUGUUCUAUUACUUUGUUGAAUCCCCUGAGGAUGCUUCUUCCAAACCUUUGGUUUUAUGGCUAAAUGGAGGGCCAGGAUGCUCAUCGUUUGGCAACGGAGGAUUAUUAGAACUAGGACCAUUCCGGGUAAAAAGUGACGGGAAAACACUAAUUCGAAAUCCUUAUGCUUGGAACAAAGUGGCAAAUGUGAUCUUCUUAGAAUCUCCGGUAGGAGUAGGAUUUUCAUAUGGAAAGGAACCAGCCAUCUAUGCACAAUCAGGGGAUACGAGCACGGCUAAAGACGCUUACACGUUCCUUGUCAAUUGGUUUGAGAGGUUCCCUCAGUACAAAAACCGCGAAUUUUACUUAGCAGGAGAGAGUUAUGCUGGUCAUUAUGUGCCUCAACUUGCUUAUACCAUCUUGCAUAAAAACAAUAACGCAAAACAUGACAGCAGUUUCAUUAAUCUCAAAGGCAUAGCGAUAGGUAACGCUUGGGUAGAUGAUGCAACAAAUACAGCAGGAUUGUAUGAUUAUUUAUGGAAUCACGCUACACACUCGGAUGAGACACAUGCCAAAAUCAAGCAAUUUUGCAAUUUUUCCAAGGCAACAACAUCCCAAAAAUGCGAAGAUUACAAGGAUAAAGCUUGGGAAGAAGCAGGGAAUAUAGACAUUUACAACAUCUAUUCUCCAGUUUGCUUAAUGUCUGGAAAUUCCAAAGCUCAUAUUCUUGAUUCAGUUGAGGUUUAUGAUCCAUGUUCAUCCAAAUAUGUGACAACUUAUUUAAACACUAAAGAAGUGCAAAAGGCUCUCCAUGCCAAACCCAAAAGAUGGGAAUCCUGCAUUGGAUUUAGAUGGCAAGAUAGUUCAUUUACAGUGUUACCAAUCAUUCAGAAGCUCAUUGCAAGCAACAUUAGUAUGUGGAUGUACAGUGGAGAUGUUGAUGGACGUGUGCCGGUCACAUCAUCAAAGUACUCCAUUAACAUUCUCAAGCUUCCAGUUAAAGAUGCUUGGCGUCCAUGGUACGACACAGACAACCAGGUUGGAGGAUACGUAGUAGGUUAUGAAGGAAUGGUGUUUGUGACAGUAAGAGGGGCUGGACAUCUAGUUCCAAGUUACCAACCUAAAAGAGCUUUGAUCAUGUUCUCAUCAUUUCUCCAAGGAAAACUACUUCCGAAAUCGAGGAUGAUGAGCUAGUGAUACAAGGCAAAAACAAUUACUUACACAAGUAAGAUUAUAUGACAAGAGGAUUUAUUUAUGAUGAAAA